AUGGAGCAGGCAAGUGCUGGAGCCGGUGGAGCCGGCGUCCACGCUGCCGAUAAUGUGGUAGGCGGUGGUGGUGGUGUUGGUGCCGGCGGUGGCAACGUCCAGAAGGAGAUUCCCUCGCUGUCCUUUGGAGCAGGCGGUGUCGCCCACCACGCCGGCGGACCAACGGUCAAAGUGCUUUACUGCUUCAGCUGCGGCUAUCGACAGGCAUUUGAGGAGUACCAGCGGAUGAUCAACGAACGAUUCCCGCACAUCAACGUCGUGGGCGCCAACUACGAGUCCAGCUUCCUCAAGAGCAAGCUGGUGCAGGUGAUCAGCAUCGGCAAGAUGGUCGUCAUUGGCCUGCUACUCGCCAACAUCAACCCCUUCUCCUACUACGGCAUCAACACGCCCAACGCCUGGCGAUGGAUGACGGAGCACAAGCUAUACGCCUGCAUGAUGACCUUCUUCCUCUCCAACACCAUCGAAAGUCAGCUGCUCGCAAGCGGAGCCUUUGAGAUCUUCUUCAAUGAUGUUCCCAUCUGGUCAAAGCUGGCGACUGGCCGCAUUCCAAAUGCUCAAGAGCUGUUCACGAUGAUCGACAACCAGAACAAGUUUUAUGGCAACGAUCUUUACGGCGAGUCGAUGCACACCAUUCCUGGUCACCCUGCACUGUAG